CUUGGUUCUUUUUUUUUUUUUUUGCAGAGCUUACGUAGACCUAUUCCAAAAUGACUUCCUCAAGUGAUUAUGGGUCUCACUCCUGGGGUCUCACGUUGACGAUUGAUCAUCCUCAGCCAGAGGUACCAAAGGAACUUCUAUUACAGGUCACAGGGGACCUUCAUAUUGGAGGACUGAUGCUGAAAUUAGUAGAACAAAUCCAAAUAGCACAAGAUUGGUCAGACUAUGCUUUUUGGUGGGAGCAAAAAAAGUGUUGGCUUCUGAAAACCCACUGGACACUGGAUAAAUGUGGGGUGCAGGCAGAUGCUAAGCUGUUGUUUACCACUCAGCACAAAAUGCUGCGUCUUCGCUUGCCAAACCUGAAGACCGUGAGACUGAAAGUCAGCUUCUCUUCCAUGGUGUUCAGAGCUGUCAGUGACAUCUGCAAAAUGCUCAAUAUUAGGAGGUCAGAAGAACUCUCUUUGUUGAAGCAAUCAGAAGGAACACUCAAAAAGAAAAAGAAAAAAGAUAAGAACAGCAAAGAACCACUUACAGAAGAUAUUUUAAACCUGUGCGACUCUCCAGUGAGUUCUGGAUUAUCAGCAAAUCCAGGUUUAUAUAGUAAAACCAUGACACCAGUUUAUGAUCCUGUCAGUGGGUCACCAGCUUCUUCCACAAUCACUUGGUUCAGUGACAGUCCCUUGGCUGAGCAGAACUGCAGCAUCCUCGCCCUCAGUUAUCCCAACUGUUCUCCAGAAACACUCGCCGAGAUGUACCAGCCGCGGAGUUUGGCCGACAAAGCCAAACUCAACGCAGGCUGGCUGGAUUCCUCUCGGUCACUUAUGGAACAAGGCAUUCUGGAGGAAGAUCAGCUUCUUCUGCGCUUUAAAUAUUACACUUUCUUUGAUUUGAAUCCAAAAUACGAUGCAGUGAGAAUCAACCAAAUCUAUGAACAAGCACGUUGGGCCAUUCUGCUGGAAGAAAUUGACUGCACAGAGGAAGAAAUGCUGAUCUUUGCUGCGCUGCAGUAUCAUGUAAGCAAGUUGUCAUUGUCAUCAGAAGCACAAGACAUGACCUGCGAAUCAGAAGUAGAUGAAGUAGAAGCUGCGCUUUCUAAUCUGGAAGUGACACUGGAAGGUGGAAAAGCAAGUAAAGUUUUGGAGGACAUCACAGACAUCCCAAAACUUGCUGAUAAUCUCAAGCUAGUUAGGCCCAAGAAGCUGGCACUCAAAGCCAUCAAAUCAUACUGGUUUGUCUUUAGAGACACUUCAAUAUCUUAUUUUAAAAACCAGGAAUCUGCACAGGGAGAACCCAUUGAAAAACUAAACCUAAAAGGAUGUGAAGUUGUACCAGAUGUAAAUGUGGCAGCAAAGAAGUUUGGAAUCAAAUUACUAAUUCCUGUUGCUGAUGGCAUGAACGAAGUAUAUUUAAGAUGUGAUAACGAGAACCAGUACGCUCGGUGGAUGGCUGCCUGCGUUUUGGCCUCGAAGGGCAAAACCAUGGCCGACAGCUCUUACCAGCCUGAGGUCCAGAAGAUCCUUUCAUUUCUAGAGAUGAAGAACUGGACCAUGUGUCCCCAGACUGCCUCUGAGACAGAAAGUGUAGAUAUGAAACCAGAAUGCUUCGUCUCACUACGUUAUACCAAAAAAUACAAGUCCAAGCAGUUAACUGCUCGUAUUCUGGAAGCCCACCAAAAUGUAUCCCAGAUGUCCCUAGUGGAGGCCAAGCUGCGUUUUAUUCAAGCCUGGCAGUCCCUUCCUGAAUUUGGCUUAUCCUACUACAUCGUAAGGUUUAAAGGGAGCAAAAAGGAUGAUGUGCUUGGGGUGUCCUAUAACAGGCUGAUACGUAUAGAUAUGGCCACAGGAGACCCUAUCACAACGUGGAGGUUCUCCAGCAUGAAACAGUGGAAUGUGAACUGGGAAAUCCGCCAGGUUGCAAUCGAGUUUGACCAGAAUGUAUCCAUUGCUUUCACGUGUCUGAGUGCAGACUGCAAAGUCAUCCAUGAGUACAUUGGGGGCUACAUCUUCUUGUCAACACGUUCCAAAGACCAGAACGAAACACUGGAUGAAGAUCUCUUUCAUAAAUUAACUGGAGGUCAGGAAUGA